UUGAUAUAAAAAGGGGGGCCUGAUAUUAGAGUGAGACUUGCUUUACUUGACCCUAACAGGAUGAAUACUCUCCAGGUUCUGCUUCUCUUGGCUGCGAGCCUCUCUGUUGCCCACUCGUUGGACUACAAGGCUCUGAACCAGUUCAGAACGAUGAUCCUGUGCCUGAUGCCCGACAGCUGGCCUGCUCUCGACUACGCCGACUACGGCUGCUACUGUGGAAAGGGAGGCUCCGGCACACCUGUGGACGAUCUGGAUAGGUGCUGCGAAGUGCAUGACCAGUGCUACAGCGACGCCAUGCAGCACCCUGAUUGCUGGCCCAUCAUAGACAAUCCUUACAUCAACUUCUACGACUACAGGUGUGACGAGAAAAACAGGAAGGUCACCUGUGGAAACAACAACAAAGAGUGUGAGAUGUUCAUCUGUGAGUGUGACAGGAAGGCUUCAGAGUGUUUUGCCGUAUCCCCUUGGAUCCCCGAACACGAGCACCUGCCCAGCGACCGCUGUCAGUAAAGACAGCUGAAAUGUAGUGAUGGAUCCUUUUUUCAAUUAUUUUUGAGGAUCUUUGGCUUAUUAGGAUAUUUCCACAUGCACCUGAUACAUUCACAACCAUUCAUCAUCCCCUUUAUGUGCUGAAAUACUCUUGUUGUCUGUAAUAAACAGAUCUUUCAUCUUUCACUAUAUCUCACAUGCUGCUUUAACCACAGAGGGCACUGCAGUAUCUCUUUUUCUUUCCUCGUUUGCAUAGACUUUUAUGAUUUGUCCUUGUCAGUGGUCCCGGUAGGGUUUCUGUAAAAGCCCUAUUUAUUGUAUGCAAUUGGUGCACUUUCUCAAAUAAUAAAAACAAUAAAUGAUCAUUUAAUAAUUUGCUUAAAAAUAAAACUGCA